AUGGCCGACCCAAACAACCCACCAAGCCGAACACCCCUAAAAUCCUCCUCCCAAAUCCCCGUCCGAACCACACCCGGCGUCCCAACUCUUCCCCGACCAGCUUACACACCCGGCCCCGGCGGCGCUGCCCGAGCAUACACCCCCGGCGCCCGCACCCCUCGCGGCCUUUUGAUUUCGAACACCCCUUCCAACGCCAACGCCCACGCCAACCUAACCCCUCACGUCCGCGCCGCCUACCGCGCCAUUGACUCCCGCCGUGCCGCCAUCCUCACACCUCACCACGCGCGCCGACGUUCCUUGCGCGAAGCGCGCGAAACUCCCCGCAAUUUCUUGUUACAGCUGGGAAAAGUGCUAGCGCCCAAGAGCGAGAGGAUACCUAGUAGUAGUUCUUCGCCUGGGUCGGCGCUUUCUGGUGGUUCUAGAAAUAACAAUGGACAGGGCACAGAAGAGGGGGAUACAUCAGAGGAAUUAACCUUCGACAUAUCCACGCGCAGUCGGUACGGAGAUGAUGACGACGACGAGGAACUGCCUAAGAGGCCUCGACUGAGCCUUGGGUUAGGGGCUCCAGAAGAAGACUGGGAAGAUGACGACGAUGCAGACCUGCCGCAACCACAUCGAAGUGCCGGACUCGAAGAUCUGACGGAGAAUUUCACGGUGCAGAGUAUUGAGCUACCGCGCCGAGUGGAUCCGGAAAGGGAUGGACAUGGUAGUAGGAUGAGGGAUUCGAUGGGAAGGUUGAGUGAUUUCCCACAGUUACAACAACAAAGCGACGGGAUUGAUUCCGGCUUUUUCCCACCGACUGCCGGAGCGUUCGACGACGACGACGACGACGAGUUCGGAAACGCCGAGGAUAGAAUUCCCGAUGAGUUCAGCAGGUUGGACUCGGACGACCCGACCAGAAGACGCGAAACGAUUGGUCAUCUUGAAGGUGGCGGCGGCAUGGGCAUGGGCUUACUAGGGAGGGAUAGUGAUUUCCAUAUUGAGGUGCCGGUGGGCAUGGACGAGAGCACGACGACGACGUUCAUGAUUGCUUCUCCCACGAGGCAGUUUGAGGUUGAGCAGGGUCAAGCUGCCGAACCGGUGGCGAGGGGCGGUCAGGGAGGAGGUUUUGCCGAGUUGAUGGAUCGGAGGAGCGACAGUUACGAUGACGACGAUGGAAACGACAUUGGACCGACAACAUUUGACGAUUAUGAGAAUAAUGACGAUGGUAUGGACCUAGACAACAACCAAGACGACCAGGACCAGGCAGCAGGCUCAGACGAAGAGAUGACGAGGUUAUCGGGUUACACACCAACAACUGCGAUGAGGGUAUCAUUAUCAGCAGCGGCAGCAAGGGAGAGACUAGGACGCUUCUUUCGGGAAGAAGGUGGUGAAGGACGAGGAGGCUUCUCCAAGAUCAAAGCCACCAAGAAGAUCUCCAAACACGGCAUCGAAUACACAUCACUGCCCCCAGCCAUGGUCAAGCGGUUGGCGCAAACCUUCGCCAAGACGAGCGGCGCAAAGGGCAACAUCUCACCGGAAGCGCUCAAGGCCAUCAUGCAGGCUUCGGACUGGUUCUUUGAGCAGUUGGGAGACGACUUGUCGGCGUACGCGAAGCAUGCGCAUCGCAAGACUAUCGAUAUGAGUGAUAUACUCACUUUGAUGAAGAGACAACGUCAAACCAACGCCCAGACCACACCGUUCGCUUUGGCGCAACGAUACCUUCCUAGAGAGCUCCUCCAGGAAUUGAGGAUGACACCACCCGUACCGGUCAAGAAGCGCCGCAAGGCUACAGCAUCUUCUAGCCGUACCGGGGCUGGAGGCGAGGAUGAAGAAGUGACGUGA